AAUCUAUGUUAUACUUGAGAAACUACCUUUGAAUCCAAAUGGAAAAAUAGAUCGAAAACUUCUUCCGCCACCUCACUUCUCAUCAAUACAUCUCACAAACAGUACAGAACUAUUACAACCAACAAAUGAUAUUGAAGUUAAUAUUCAUCAUAUUUGGUGCGAUUUAUUAAAACAAAAUCAAAUUUCAACUGAUACAAAUCUCUUCGCUAUUGGUGGUCAUUCAUUGCUCAUUAUGCAACUCUUUCAUCGAUAUAAAAUACAAUUUCAUCUUCAAUCAAAUACUCUUUCCAUUACUGAUCUAUUUCAACAUCCAACAAUUAUUCAUCAUGCUCAACUCAUUUAUCAAACUAUGAAUGUGAAAGAGAAUAUCAAUGACUAUCAUUGGUCUUCAUUAGAUAUCAUGAAAGCUAAAGCAUCAUAUGCCCAAGAACGUAUUUUCUUAGAUGAACAAAUUCGAUUUUCAUCAGCAAAUAAUAAUACUAACGUGUAUGUUAUUCCAUUACUUUAUCGCAUAUCAUCUAUGAAUGAUCAUAUAUCUGUUUCACGAUUACAACAUGCAUUUCAAUCUAUCAUAACACAACAUCAAAUUCUUCGAACAGCACUUCAUAUUGAUGAUACAAAUGGUACUAUUAUUCAACAUUGUUUAGAUGCAAAUACUAUCAUCAAUGAUAAGAAAUCAUUUAGAUUUUCGAUGAUUAAUCUUCCUGAUGAAGAACAUGAACAGGACGAAAUUGUGAAGAAGAUUAUAAAUCAAUCAGAUUUAUUUGAUUUAUCAAGAGGACAUGUUAUUAAGUGUCAUAUUCUUUGUCGUGAUCAAUCGAAUCAUUUAUUUACUCAGAAUAAUGAUGAUCUAUUGUUCAAAGAUGAUCUGAUAUUAUUUACUAUUCAUCAUGCUUGUUUUGAUGGAGCAUCAACAUCAAUCUUCAUUCGUGAUCUUUCUCUUGCUUAUCAAUCUAAUGACUUGCUUUCUAUAGAUGAUAAUUCAAUGCAAUAUAUAGACUAUUCUGUUCAUGAACAUAUCAUGGAUAUGACAUCGUCUCAAGAGUUUUGGUUUUUAGAGCUCAAAGGAUAUAAUGUUGCACGCCAAUUAUCAUUACCUCUUGACCGACAACGUUCAUCAACUAAUCAACAACGAUCAGGUUUAGCUUCUACAGCUGAAAUCACUUUUGAUAAUGCAUUAUGUACGUCAUUUCUCAACUAUGCAUCAUUACAUCAUCUCACACUUUUUCAACUUGGAUUAUCCAUAUUUUAUGUCUUCCUAUUCAAAUUAACUCAUGGUCAAACUGAUCUAUGUAUUGGUUCUAUUAAUGCUAAUCGAUAUCGAAGUGAACUAGUGAAUAUGAUUGGAAUGUUUGUAGCAACAUUACCAUUUCGUGUUGAACUCGAUCCUCAUUGGUCAUUUGAUGAAGUAGUUAGAUAUGUACAAGAAAAAUGUUUGUCAAUUCUUGAACAUUCUCAUUAUCCACUUCAACAUAUUCUUGGUGAUAAUCAAUUAAAUCAAUCUAAUGUAUCAUUUCUUGAAACAAUGUUUGAGUUUAUCAGUGUGUCAAAAGAUAUGGGACAUUUAAGUUUGAAUAGUGCAAAUUUAGAACAAGUACCAUUACAACAAUCAGCUGAAGUUUCCAAGUUUGACUUCUCAUUAACAUUUGAAUACAAUUCAUUACUAAAUAACAAGAGAUUAUCAUAUCGUUUUGUAUGUUCACAUGAUUUAUUUGAAAAAUCAACUAUUUCCAAAAUAGCUCAAAGAUUUCAAUAUAUAUCUGAACAAUUGUUUGAAAUAAAAUCAAACAACAUUUCUGUGAUCGAUAUAAGUUCAUCGAUUAGCAAACUGUCUCUUAUUCUUCCUGAGGAAGCUGAAGAAAUGGAAUUAGUCGUAUUUCAUCGAUUGGAGAAUACUGUGAAUGAAGGUAUAAUUGUAUGCAGAUUUUUCUAA